GGACAGGCGGAGAGGGCACGAGAGCCAUUGACGGGGUGCUCGCAUCGCAAACACCGAACAUUUCUCCGCUCCUCUCAAUUAACAACAUUAUUGCCAACAUCGCCUGUUUACUUACCAACUCUUCCAAAAUUUUGAUUGAAUUCAUUCAUAUCCAUAUUUGAGAAGACGACGAGUGAUUUCUGCAGGAAAAGGACUUCUUAAGUGCCGUCAUGUGUAGCAGGCCUGUUGUGCAAGGACAAGUCUGCAUCCGACAAACUGCUUUCUUCUUGUCAUGAUGGAGAAACGGAUGGGGAACGGGUAGUAACGUGCAACCAACCAACGUGCGAUUGUGGCUGGUGGCUUGGCUGAUGCUGCUGCUGCUCCUCCUGUCAUUCAUUACUGCUCGAGAAACAUGUCACAAGAAAAACCACUGAUACACAUCCAGAAUGCCUCCAACCGCAUCCUCCGCUCGCCCAGUCAUGAAUCCAUCUCCACCGAAAUCUCUCUCCUCUCCCUCUCCAGCCUGGGCCCUUUUAUGCGAAUCCCCUCCCCCAUCCCCGACGGGCGGCACCGACUCACCGUCCCCAAUCCCGGCGAGUCUCUCAAAUCCCAAGACCUAUGGGGCGAAGAGGAAAACGAUCUCAUCAAAAACUUUGGCGCCCUGUUUAAAUUCCUCGGUCUGCCAAAAUCCUUCUCCACAACCGACAUAAGUUCCACCCUGCCCCCGGACCCUGACCAAGUUGCCGCUGUUCGAAAAUCAAGCUCAGAAAUGGACUUGUCCUCCGUACGAUGUAGCGACGCCAUAUUUCGCACCCAUUUCGGCCCCACGUCGCGCUCCUGCUCGACCUGGGUGGCGGUCGGGGACGUUUCUUCCACCUCCCAGCUACCCUCCCCCCAAGGUCGCAUGGCCCGACCGAACGGCGGCUCCUUCACGCCGGCCGACCUCAUCCGCUCCGUGAACAAGAAAAUUCGCCAACUCUACAUCCGAAAACGACUCCUCGUCGCGUACCGCGCCCUGGAACGGAUGGCCCAGAGCAACUUUGACCUCGAAAAACUACCCGUCGUCGUUUCCAUGAAUUCGCUAAGUCUCGCCGGGGGCCCGGGUGGGGGUGGGAAUAUUCCUCCCAUUCAAGUCGCAAAGGCUGAAUUGGACGCUCUCAAGCUCCCCACGAAGAAAAAACCUGCCAAGGAACUCCCACUUUCGUUGAAAGACGUCGAGCGAGAGAGGGGUCGCCCCCUCUCCAAGUUUGAACGGAAUAUGAUGAUCUUCAACUGGCUGCAUAACCUGGACGAGGAGUCGUACGAGUCGAUAGAUCAGUGAAAGUAGGAAAAAAAUCGAGGUUACUACUAAAACGGACUCAUUACCAUCAAAGAACCAACAAAAAAGAAGAAAAGAUACCACACAAAAACCAACCUGUUGUUGGUUUCUGCUGCUCUGCUUAAUUUGAAGGCAGAUAAAAUUAUGAGUCUCGUUAUUUUUUUAUUACGUGGUUUCUUCAACGAAUGGAAUGUGCGCUCUCUCAAAAAAAAGAAGAAAGCCUCCUCAACUCUUCCAAUGUAUCAUUCCCUCUUUUUCCCGACGACCAAAUGACUCACGGAAAAAAAGUACUCGAAAAAAAACUUGCUCUCUUCUUCUUCUCCUCAGCCAAUUGACCCCACAAUGACGCGACGAUUCAGGCUUGGCAUUUAUUUUAUUGGAUUAAUCGCCAGCAGGAUUCCUCUCCACUCCAUUUGCAGUUCAUCACUCGUGAGAAGGCAUUUAGUAGACUUAGACGUAGAGCGCCCUGCAACUGGUCGUUGUCAUACUUUUCUCUGAUACUUUCACCCCAUCAACUUUCUCCCUGGGUAGAAUUACCAUGUUUAAAAUGCACAAAGACCUAUCUCUUUUGCACGAACCAUGUGUUCUUAUCUUACCCCGAAAGAAAAUGUAGCUCUCUAUAUACAUACAUGGAUUUAGUAGAUUAUUCCGAGGACCACAAAAAUAUGGAUCAUUAUUAUUCUUAAUAUUGGUCAACUGACUGCACCACCCACCCUUUCGUGUUACGUAAGUCUCUAAUAAGGCGUACUUAAAACUACAAAAAAUAAUAAUAAAUAAUCCACCACCAAACUUUCUCCCUUCUCCGUGUCCCAAAACUGAAUUACACACACCGAAAAUGCGGAAUAGGAUCGAGAAAAUAUCGGAAUGGAGAAAGUUGUCAGGCAAAAGUACGUAUGCAAAUCUUGUCACGUGUGUAUUUACAUAUAUCACAAAGUGUGUAUUGUAGCCACUAGAAUUUGAACGAAUUAAGGGGAAAAAGCAUGUCAAAAAUAUUUAGUGUAUUUAUGAUUAAUUAAUUUCUCUCACUUAAAAGGCACCACAUUAUAUUCCAUAAUAAAAUAUACUCUCUUCUAUAUAUGCAUAUGUAAAACAAGACAAGAAAUUUACCCUUGAUCUACUUCCAUACUAUAUUUCGUCAAAUAUCUAUGUACAUAAAUAUAUCGUGUCACGUAGAAAAUGAGUAUCGCCAUCGUAAAUACAUAAAUAUUUCCUGGAAUCACGUUGAACUACCACAUGCCACGGCCACGUGAGCUUUAUGAUGCUAUGCACUCCUUACUUACUUACAUACACAUAAAUACAAAUUGACUAUAUAAAUUCAUACAUACAUACACAUGUACACACACCGUUAUUUCUUCUCCAAGCAGUAUUGAAAUACAACUGAAAACGAUGCUAAACUAUGCCAAAUAUUAUAUUGUUAAAGUUUAUAUUUAUUGUUAAUUAUUAAUUAUGUUGAGAAAUAAAUCAUAUGAAAAUAUUAUUAACUGGAAACAAA